AUGGAAACUGUUUUUGGAGUUCAGAGCAAGAAGCAAUCUCAAAGUGAGACAAAACCAUCAGAAUUUCUCCGGACACAAGACUCUCAGUCUCAUAUAAACCCAGUUCCAGACAUCAUCAGUGAAAGCAAGAGUAAGGAUGUUUCAAUGGAGAGUUCUCUGACAUCUGAGCUCCAAUCAUCGCCCGGCAGUGAUGAAGAUGAACGUCAACAUGUGUGCAAUUCACCUUGUUGUUCUGAAAUUAGUGAACCUUAUCAGCCAAAUGCUGCAUCAACCUUGAAAAAGACAACUACGAAACCUGGGAGAUCAUUCUCGUUCUCAUGGUUUCAUGAAUAUCCUUGGCUUACUCUGUGUACAACAAGAAACAAAGUUUUCUGCUUUUAUUGCAGACUGGCUUACGGUAAGGACAGUGAUCUGCAGAAGCAUCCUACCUCCAGACAACCUGAAGCAACAUUCAUAUCAGAAGGUUUCAACAAUUGGAAAAAGUCUGGAGAUAAGUUCAAAAAGCAUGAUAAGAGUUCAUAUCACAGAGAUGCCCUUGCAAAACACAAGAAACAUGGUAAUGACAGUGUCACAAGUUUACUUCUGGCAAAAGUUACCAAGGAACAGCAGUGCAGACGAAACCUUCUGCUUGUGCAGCUGUCAUGUCUCUUAUUCUUAUCAAGGCAAGGAUUAGCGCUUCGAGGGCAUAUUGAAGAGGAAUCGAACUUGUUUCAGCUUCUGAAACUGAGAGGUUCUGACAUAGAGGGGUUGCCAACAUGGUUAUCUGAGAAAACAUAUAUGUCACCUGCAAUUGUGAAUGAGCAAUUGAUGCUCCUGGGCCGAGCUGUGCGACUGAAGAUUCUUGAGAGAAUCAAAGCUGCCAGGUUCUUUGCCGUUAUGGCGGAUGAAACAAGAGACAUAUCAAACAAAGAACAAGUUGUCAUAUGUAUCCGUUGGGUGGAUAAUGAUUUCAGUGUCCAUGAGGAUGCUAUUGGCCUAUAUGUGGUUCCUUCCACAACAUCAGCAACACUAACAGAAGUACUAAAAGACACACUUAUCCGUUGUGACUUACCACUAUCGAAUUGCCGAGGUCAAGGCUAUGAUGGUGCAAGUAAUUUUCAAGGCCAUGUCAAUGGAGUUGCUGUCCAACUGCAAAGAGAAGAACCACGAGCAGUUCAUGUCCAUUGCCUCGCCCACUGUAUCAACUUGGCUUUGCAGGAAGCCACUAGAGCAUGCAAACCUCUCAGGGAUGCUCUUGACAUCACAAUUGAAGUGAACAAGCUCAUUAAAUAUUCUCCAAACGAGAACACCUAUUCAAGAAUCUUCAAAAAGCUCCAUCCAUUGAGAAGCGUCUUGACAUGGAUGUGCCUCAAACUGAAAGAACUCGUGGCUUACGACCUCUGUGUCCAACACGUUGGACACGUAGAAACAACGGCAAAGGACGCACAAAAGGGAGCAGAGCAAGAACUGGCGUAUUAUGAUAAGCUGAGGAGUACAGAUACUUUUUCAGAGUUCUACAAGUCCGUUGUUGAUGAAGCUGAAGACAAAACUGAUCCUCCACGUCUACCACGCUACCGGAAGAGGCCCAAGAGAUUGGAUGAUGGAUCUAAUACUCACACGUUUCCUUCUGUGGAAGAUUAUUAUCGCCAACAAUAUUUUGAAGGUCUAGACAUCGUUUCAGAGCAACUAAAGCGGAGAUUCUCACAGAAAGGAUUUAACACUGCUGUGGAGAUAGAGCAACUGUUGCUGUCUGCUGCAAAUGGACGGAACUUUCAAAUAUCUUCUCACAUCAGAGAACUCUACAAAGAUGAUGUUGACUUUGUUCGAUUGAACACACAGCUUUCCAUGCUUCAUGACACAGUGAAAUCUGUCUCCACUGAAAGAGGAUGCUUAAUCAUUGAAGUCACAAAUAUUGAUACUGUUGUAUCAGUUAUCAACUCAUCGCCUGUAAUAAGGCACCUGUUCAAGGAGAUAAGCACCCUUUUGAAGAUCUACUUGACUAUUCCUGUCACCACAGCAACAUCAGAACGUACCUUCUCCACGCUUCGACGCCUGAAGUCAUACGUCAGAUCUACAAUGACACAGGAACGUCUGAACAACGUUCUGCUACUGCAUGUCCACAAAACCAUUGCUGAUGAACUAUCUCUAGUGGAUGUUGCCCGGGAGUUCAUUUCUUUCAAUGACAGAAGACGCAACUACUUUGGACUUUUCUCAUAA